AUGGCGGUGUCGUGGAAGAGUUGGUUCUCGGUUAUUCUCCCUGUGGUACUUUUGCCGAUACCCUUGCACUUCAAAACCGAGGCAGCAUGGUGCGCGUACCUGAUGAUUUGGAUGGCCUCCAUGUGGACAACAGAGGCUCUUCCACUCCCAGUCACAUCAAUUAUUCCAAUCAUAGCGUUUCCAGCGCUAGGACUCAUGUCAUCUGCUCAGGUGACUAAGUUCUACCUGGACGACAUUGGUUUCCUUCUGAUGGGAUCGCUGGCUCUGGCAUCGGCAGUUGAGUCCAGUAAUCUGCAUACGCGCAUCUCUCUGAAGACACUGCUAACCGUCGGCACAAGUACCUACAGAUUAGUUUUGGGCACAAUGGCGGUCACUAUGUUUCUCUCUAUGUGGAUCCCGAACACGGCCUCGGCUUCCAUAAUGGGGCCGGUAGCACUCUCAGUGAUCGAUCAGGUAUUCCACAACGACCUUCCGACAUCUGAAAGCCUAGUCGACAAGAAAGGCGGAGCGAAGCGUCACGCGCGCAAGGUACUACAGAAAAGUAAACGGGUUGAGGGCAUAAUGAUGCUGGCGGUGGCGUACUCAGCCAAUAUUGGUGGUACAGGUUCAAUCAUCGGUACGGGUCCCAACUUGGUGCUCAAAGCUCAACUGGAUACACUCUACCCGGCAUCGACAGAAGUGACUUUCGGCAGCUGGAUGCUCUAUAACGCCCCAGUGAUGGCUGUCAACGUUUUUCUGGGCUUCCUGUUCCUGAGUCUCAUUCUCUUCUUCGCGCUGAGAAACGUCCAAGUGAAUAAGGACUCAGAACGUAGCAUACGCCGGAGUCUGCAAGAAAAGUACGAUCGCUUGGGACCAAUGACGUUCGCCGAAUAUGUCGUCGUCUUCAUCCUCACAGCCACCAUUCUGGUUUGGUUUUCGAUGAGACCUCAAUUCAUGAAGGGCUGGGCUGACUACAUCCCGUAUGGAAAACUCAUCAAACCCACUGCGCCGGCGUUAUUUUUGACUUUGCUUCUAUUCACGAUACCAAAGACACCGGGUCGUCUCGAGAACUUGGAAACGAUACUCACAUGGCCAGCUCUUCAACAGAAAAUGCAAUGGGGUGUCAUGCUCCUGCUUGGAGGGGGUCUAGCCCUGGCUGAUCUCUGUAAAACCACGGGCCUCUCGAGGAUGAUAGCGGAAAAACUCAUGGUUUUCAAAGACUUUUCUCCGAUGGUCACCGUCUCGUGUCUUUGCUUUGCGGCUUCAUUGCUAACCGAAGUAACGUCGAACACAGCGAUCUGCUCGAUCAUGCUGCCGGUCGUCGCCCAGAUCGCCGUGGCCAUCAGGGUAAACCCGAUUUACUUGAUGAUGCCGAUAGCCAUCGCUUGCUCAUUUUCGUUCAUGCUACCUGCGGCAACUCCCGUGAAUGCCAUCGUUUACGAUCUCGCUCAUAUGAAUAUACCCCAGAUGGCUCUCCCAGGAAUUUUCAUGAACUGCAUCUGCGUCGCAGUGGAGAUCCUCGCCAUCAACUUCUACGGGACACAUGUAUACGGCCUCGAUACUUUCCCCGCUUGGGCCGAAACGAACAAUGUUACAAUAAUUUCUUCCUAG